CAAAUCUUGACCUCGCACAUUCUAUGUCCAAUUAUAUAGGUACCACAUAAGCAGGGCCCCGCAGACGUUCUAGCGCCAAAUGGCAGCAUCAUUGGUCACAGUAAGCACUCGAGGGGUUAGAUCUUUGAACUGGACCAAUUUUCGCGCUCCAUGGCCAUUUGUUAAAAAAGGAGCCCGUGGUCAGCGAAAGAUCGGUCCAUUCCAUUACGAAAAAUUCAAAUGGCCAGGUCAGAAUAGAGAAUUCCCUGAAUUGUCUCCGAAAUGGCAUAAAGAAAACCCAGCAAGAUUACACAGGUAUACCGGAGUGUAUGAAGAAGGCUAUAUCGACCCAGUGACUGGCAAACAUGUAUAUGUGCCGGAAAUGCAUGCUGAGUUGGUGGUUCCAAACCUUGAAGGCUUCAAACUGAAGCCUUAUGUGUCAUUCCGUACUGACGUGGAGAUUGAGAAACGAAGACGAAUCUACGAAGCUAAGGUCAGAGAAAAGGGUUCCAAAGUACUGGCGGAUCUUUACACCCUGGAGAACGAGCGGUGGCCACCUCCAAAAAUGGAUGCUGAGACCCUUUUUGAGCUAUCUUACGGAGAGCAAGUUCGCCAAGCGUACAAGGAAGGAAAGUAUGGCACACCUGAGAAGAAGAAAAAAAUUGAAAAAUCUUGA